AUGGGUAUCCCGACUGAUAUUACGCUUUACACGGCUGGCACGCCGAAUGGCAUCAAGGUCUCCAUCUUGCUGGAGGAGCUGGGUCUGGAGUACAAGGUCCAUCCGAUCAAGAUGAGCACCAAUGAGCAAAAAGAGCCGUGGUUCCUCGAAAUCAACCCUAAUGGCCGCAUCCCCGCCAUCACGGACAAGUGGACGGACGGCUCCGACAUUCGCGUGUUUGAGAGCGGCGCCGUUUUGCAGUAUCUCGUGGAGCGGUACGAUAAGGAUCAUAAGGUUUCGUAUCCGAGGGAGGCGAAGGAGACGUGGGAGGUGAAUAGCUGGCUUCACUGGCAGAUGGGUGGUUUGGGUCCUAUGCAGGGCCAGGCGAACCACUUCAACAGAUAUGCGCCUGAAAAGAUCCAGUACGGCAUCAACCGCUACGUCAACGAGACUCGCCGCCUCUACGGCGUCAUGGAGUCGCAGCUCGCAAAGUCGUCGUCGGGCUUCCUCGUCGGCGACCGCCUUACUAUUGCUGAUGUUGCGGCCUGGGGAUGGGUUGCCUCUCACGCCUACGCCGGUGUCUCACUGGACGAGUUCCCGCACAUCGACAAGUGGCUGCACACGCUCCUCGAGCGACCCGGCUUUGAAAAGGGCCGCAACGUGCCGGACAAGCACACGGCGUUUGAGACGGCCAAGCUGACGUCUGAGGAGAUGGACAAGUUGGCGGAGUCGUCGAGGGCGUGGAUUCAGAAGGGCAUGCAGGAUGAUGCGAAGAAAUGA